ACCUGUUUCCGCUCAUUAGCGCCCUCCAGUGUCCGCUACGGAUAUCAAGCAACUGCCACUGUUCAACAUCAGCGUGAAGAUGGCGGAGGGUGAAUUGAACGUGGAUAGUCUCAUCUCUCGGCUUCUGGAGGUGCGGGGAUGUCGUCCGGGAAAGAUAGUCCAGAUGACUGAGGCAGAGGUCCGUGGCCUUUGCAUCAAGUCCAGGGAGAUCUUCCUCAGUCAGCCAAUCCUGCUGGAGCUUGAGGCACCUUUGAAGAUUUGUGGUGACAUCCAUGGGCAAUACACUGAUCUCCUGAGGCUGUUUGAGUAUGGUGGCUUCCCUCCCGAAGCAAACUAUCUCUUCCUGGGUGAUUAUGUGGACAGAGGAAAGCAGUCCCUGGAAACCAUCUGUCUGUUGCUGGCUUACAAGAUCAAAUAUCCAGAGAACUUUUUCCUGCUCCGAGGAAAUCAUGAGUGUGCUUCCAUCAAUCGUAUCUAUGGCUUCUAUGACGAAUGCAAGCGCAGGUUCAACAUUAAGUUGUGGAAGACCUUCACAGACUGCUUUAACUGCCUCCCCAUUGCUGCUAUAAUUGAUGAGAAGAUCUUCUGCUGCCACGGAGGGCUUUCACCUGAUUUGCAGUCAAUGGAGCAGAUUCGCAGGAUCAUGAGGCCGACAGACGUACCAGAUACAGGCCUUCUGUGCGACUUGCUGUGGUCGGAUCCGGAUAAGGAUGUGCAAGGUUGGGGAGAGAAUGAUCGUGGAGUCUCCUUCACCUUUGGGGCUGAUGUGGUCAGUAAGUUCCUAAACCGCCAUGACCUGGACCUCAUCUGCAGAGCCCACCAGGUUGUGGAGGAUGGAUACGAGUUCUUUGCCAAACGCCAACUGGUCACACUUUUCUCUGCUCCAAACUACUGCGGGGAGUUUGAUAACGCAGGCGGCAUGAUGAGUGUGGAUGAGUCGCUCAUGUGCUCCUUCCAGAUCCUGAAGCCCUCAGAGAAGAAGGCCAAGUACCAGUACGGCGGCGUAAAUUCUGGUCGGCCUGUGACCCCACCCCGCACCACCCAAGCUCCCAAAAAGAGGUGAACACCCAACUGUGGCUUGUCCCCCACUCCUUGUCAUUUUGUCCAUUCCAGAUCUGCCUUUAAGGUGACCCCACAACACCCCUUGAAGAGAGAAGAUACGGGGGUUGUCUGAUUGUCCAAAUCCUUCACUCCUCCUCCACUCAGCCAGCCUCUCGUCAACACCACUGACAGCUCUUUUCUUAAUGUGUACGUGUAUAUAAAUUUGCUGUGACUUAUCAGUUGGGUUGUUUUGCCUUCAAGUUUGAAUUUUGUUUUGUUUUUGAAAAUAUUAAAAAAAAAUUAACCUUAUUGGUGGUUUUAAUUCCAAUACUGCUUGAAGUUUUCUGAGGUUCUCUGUUGUGUUAGGGAAUGCUUUCUUUGUAUGUCAAAGAACAAUGUGACCAAGCUGCAAAAUUGUUUUUUUCUUUUCUUUUUUUUUUUGUCUUCAUAAAAACAAAAUGAAGGUUUAACAAUAUUUUACGUUGACCUUAAAAACAGUAAAACAAACAAAAAAAAUCCUCUUGUGUGUUUAACGGACUGCUGUUCCACUGCAGGACCAAAACAAAAGUCUUAUUUCAACUUAUCACAGCAUGUAUAGUACUCUUAGUGGUUCUUGUGCACACUUACUUUUUUUUUUAACCAUUAAUAAAGAGCACCUUCAUAUUUGUAGAACAGACCAGUUUGAAUGAACAAAUUUGGCCCUUCAGAUCUUUUACAUUAUCCACGCAAACAAAAUGUAUUCUCGGCGUCGGUUUGUCCAUUCUGUUUCGUCUCCCUGUGCUUCGACUUUACUCCUACAUAAAAAACAUGCUGCUUUCUUGCUCUUAUUGACAGUUUUUCUCAUUUUUUUACCCCCCUCCCUUCUAUAAUUUGAAUUUUGUCUUGUGAGCGAGCGAUUGAUUUGAUUGAGUUAUGAAUGUCAUGGGGGUUGGCACAUCGUUUUCAAGGUAAUGAUGAAUCAAACAUUAAAAAAAACGACAUUGCAAGCUUCAGAAACCACCCAUAAUAUUGGAACUGCUUGUUCUAAGUUUGCUUAACACUAGCUUUCCUCUCCUCACCCAUUCAGUCGAGGUACAAGGUGUGAAAAUUAGCAGAGCUCAGUGUGGGUGGGUAGUUUUAGCUUUGCUGUGUGAUUGUGUUGCCACCUGGUGUAUAAAUAUGGCACUGCGGUGCACAAACUGUGUACGCCUCAUGUAAAACAGUAAGCAUCCAAAUGUACGGGAGAGGGUUUUUCAUGACAUUUCUAGUGUUGCUUACCAUUCGGCACUACCACAGUCACACUGUCCAGCUCGCAGGUUGGUUGGUGUCCAUCUUUAGUUUCUACUGUUCACAAGAUGCUUUUGUAAUUUCAAACAGAAAAGUUGCUUCUUUUUUCAUUCUAUUAGUUUGGUAUUUUAUUUUGUUGUUCUAUUUUUGUUUUCAUAAGAAUUUUGGAUUACUUUCAGUUUGCCUAACUUAUUUCCUUGGUGUUACCAAAAGCUGUUUUACAGUUUGUAAAAGGUUAUUUCAAAGUGAAUACAUUCAAUAAAAUGGAUGAAAGGAAAA